AUGAAGCUGCUUUCAGAGCUCACCCUUGUGGCUGUGUUUUUUCUGCUGUCAGGUGUAUGCAAAACAUUUGGAAGUGGAUCUAUCAAAACCUUCAGUGACUUCUUUUUUUACGUGAAAUCAACGUGCCCAUUUACAUUCAGCAAAAAGGGUACAGACUAUGACAUACGAAUACAAAGAGAUGAGGAUGGUCUUCUGGUCAAAGUUAUCAUUUUUCUUAAUGGUGUAGAAACCAUUUUGGAAAAUGGUAAAAUAAAUGUUCAAGGGACAAAUGUUAAUCUUCCUUAUGAUCACAAAUAUCUCCAUAUCCAUAAGUAUGGCAUCUACACUAAGCUGGAGAGCAGGGUAAUGAAGCUAUCAGUCUUUUGGUAUGAUGCGGAUGGUUAUAUCAGUUCAUUUUGGCUGGAACUAGAUCAAAAUCGUCAUGGGGAAACAGAUGGUUUGUGUGGUAGAUAUAAUACUCCAGUUGAACCAACUUGUCCAGGAGAUCUGAUAUUCAACAAAAAUGAAAAAGCCUUCAUGGAAACCUGCUCUAAUCCUGUGUUACCAUCUGAUGUACCAUAUACAAAGACUUGUAUAUGUCCAACUGGAAAAGUCCUUAAUGAUCUUGAAGGAAAAAACCAGUGUGUGGAACUAAAGGACUGUCCCUGUGUAUACGCUGGAAAUGUGUAUCCUGCUGGUUAUAACCUUGAAACAAAGUGCCAGAAAUGUGUUUGCAAAGAUGGGAAAUGGGAUUGCUCUCAGAAAAAAUGCCCUUCAAGAUGCAAAAUUGAAGGCAUAUUUGUGACUACAUUUGAUGGCAAAAACUACAGAAUUCCAGGAAGAUGCCAAUAUUUUGUUGCUCAGGGACUUAACUGGACUCUUACUGUUGAGUUUUUAGAAAAUCAAAUUUACUUAAGCAGCGUUAAACUUGAACUUUACAAGGAACUCUAUGAAUUCUCCAUAUCAGACAAGACAAAUCUUGAAAAGUAUGAAUUCUACCAAUCAGAACAUCUCAGAACUUUCCGACGGUCUUCAAUGUACAUUCAAGUACAGACAUCUUUUGGACUGAAGAUGCAAAUUCAGGUGUCUCCUUUAAUGCAGCUGUACCUUACAUUACCUGAAAAACUCAAAGGGACAACACAAGGUCUAUGUGGGAACUACAACGAUGACAUUAGAGAUGAAUUUACUUCAAGCAGCGGUAUCGUAGAAAAUUCUGUUGAUGAGUUUGCUAAUUCCUGGAUGGCAAGAACCUGUGAAGACAAGACACCACAGAUUUGCACAAAUACACUAAAUGACUUAUAUGGAAAAGAAAACUGUGGCUAUAUCAUGGACCCUACAGGACCAUUUGCUAAGUGUCAUGAUCAUGUGCAGUAUGACAGCUAUAUCAGGACCUGUGAAGAAAGUGUGUGUCAAUGUGCUGAAAAUGUUCAAGAUUGCUUGUGUACUGCUCUUGGUAACUAUGCCAAAGCCUGUGCUGCCCAGGGGAUAAUUGUGGAAGACUGGAGAAAGGAUGAUUGCAUUGUGUCAUGUCCCAAGAACCAGAAAUUUGAAUACAUCAUGACAGCCUGCAAUCGUACCUGCCGCUCCCUCUCUGUGUACGACUUUACCUGUGAAGUGGAAGACGACCCUGUGGAGGGGUGUGGAUGUUCAGAAGGCUCCCACAUGGACGAUGAACAGACCUGUACAUCAACAUUUCAAUGUCCGUGUUACCAUGGAAAUGACAUUUAUAAGCGGGGGACAUUUGAUAUCGCUGGAUAUCAAUCCUGCAAUUGUGAAGAUGGGAGACUUGAUUGUAAUCUAAAACAAAGUAAAAAGAGGAGCAGAACUAAUCGCCACUUCAUUGCGAGUUGGGUCAGACAGACAAGGUGUCAGUUAAGCCUACUCUGUAGGCCCAAACUGGUAGUGACAGUGUCUAGGGAACAGCUGAAGGACAUCUCCAUACUGGAGUCAUUGAAGCAUCUGCAAGGAGUUGUAACCAGAAGGUGGUCAGUGGGAACCCUAGUGCCCACUAGUGGACAUCCUGCGAUGAGGGAAGCCAUCAAGAAGGCUUCUGAAUAUGGCUUGCGGUGGGAAGUGUCUCUGCAUUUGUUUAAGAGGUAUAGGCAGGCCAAGGGGGCUGCAGCUGCUGCAAUUGCUGAAGUGAAGACCCACUUAUGGGAGGAGCUUGGACCUAUCAGUGAAGAAUGUCAGAGUGGCUGUUACUGUCCAGAAGGAAAAUAUGAAGACCAUAAUGGAAAUUGUGUUUCUCGUGAAGACUGCACGUGUACAUAUAGUGGUGAAGUGUUCAAACCUGGAACAAACAUAAAUUUACACUGUAAAAAGUGCAUUUGUGAAGAUGGAAAGUGGAACUGCGUUGGUAAUGAUUGCUCUGGUAAAUGCCAAGUUUAUGGAGAUGGACACUAUCAGACCUUUGAUUUAAAAUCGUACAGAUUUGAUGGGAAUUGCGAAUAUACUCUUGUGGAGGAUGACUGUGGUAAUGGGAAAGGAACUUUUGAAAUCAAGGCAGAGAGUGUCCCCUGCUGUGAUGAGGCUCUGACAUGUUCCCGGGCUAUUGUACUUGAUAUCAAGGAUCAAGUUACUUUAAAAUUAAGUGAAAUGAAUGUGACCAUAAAUUCACAAAAUCCAAACUCCUGUGUGGAUCCCAGGUACUAUUUUGAUGUGUGUUUGCAAGAGUCAUGUUCCUGCGAGUUUGAUGGCAAAUUCCUGGGUUUUUGCACAGCUGUGGCUGCGUAUGCUGAAGCGUGCAGUGAGGAGGGUGUCUGCAUCCAGUGGAGAACCCCUGACUUGUGCCCUGUAUAUUGUGAUUAUUAUAAUGUCCCUGGAGAAUGUAGCUGGCAUUAUGAACCGUGUGGUACAGUUCCAACAUGUGGUAAAAACAAUAGGUUCGCUGGAAAGCUCGAAGGCUGCUAUCCCAGGUGUCCAGAUGAUGCACCGUAUUUUGAUGAAAACAAAAUGAAGUGUUCUAGUUUGCAAAACUGCAGUUGUUUUUACAAUGAGACGAUAAUUGAACCUAACGUAACUGUGGAAAACUGUAAUGUCAAAUGUAUCUACAACAACACCAACAACAACAUCAACAACAACGAGAUCAACAACAGUGCUCUGAGUGCCUUCUCCCUUAGUGCCUUCACUGCCAGAUCAAAACUCCCAGAUGAGCUGAUGCACAACAACACCAACAACCACCACAAGCACAACAUCAACAACUACACAAACAUCAACCACAAUAACAUCAACAACAACUCCAACAACAACCACAUCAACAACUACACCAACAUCAACCACAAUUACAUCAACAGCAACUCCAACAACUAUGUCAACAAUAUCUGGAACACCAGAUCUAAAAUAGUCUUUAUUUUUAUAACCAUUAUAGAACAACCAUACUCAUGCCCCCAAACUGUGAAACCUGUGUGCCCCAGAAACUCAGAACCUAAGAAGAUCACUGAUGGCUAUUGUAAGACAUGGGAUUGUGAUUGUCUAUGUGAAGUAUUUGGAGACCCUCACUAUGUGACAUUUAGUGGAACUCGAUACGAAUUCCUGGAAAACUGUACUUAUACCCUAGUCGAGGAGAAGAUUCCAAAAUAUAAUUUUUCUGUUGCAGUAGACAACUAUUACUGUAUUUCAGGAAGCAGGGCAUCUUGUGCUAAAGGGAUUAUAUUAAGAUAUGAAGAAAAUACUGUGGCUCUAACCAUAGUAAACAAAGUCAUUGUGUCUACAUUUAACAAAGCUACUGUGAAACCUCCGUAUGAAUCCAAUGGAAUAAGACUUCUGACAACAGAAAACAUAGUUAUGAUUUUUAUUGACAAGAUUAGAUCAACAGUAUCACUAACUCCACGCAACAGGGUCGAAGUGAAAGUAGCAAUGCAGUAUUUUAAAAACAAUACACAAGGACAAUGUGGUGUGUGUGGUGGAAGCUCCUGUGUACGUCGACAUGGUGAAACAGAGAGUGAUUCCUGCUGUGAUAAGACUGCUUAUGACUGGCUGUACGAUGAUCCUCAGAAACCCUAUUGUAAAUCUGCUCCCCAAAACAUAUCCUGUACGACACAUCUUAAAUGCCCAAAUGGAACAGUUUUCCAUGAAUGUCGCAAUACCACAGAUGGUUAUUGUCAAGGGACAGAACGUAAAUCUGGGGAGUAUCUGAAAGAAUUCGUAUCUGGAUGUUUCUGCCCUGACAAUAUGCUUCAUGCAGAAAAACAUAAAGACAUUUGUGUUUCAGACUGUUCCAACUGUAAAGGACCUCUUGGAGAACCUAAGAAGACUGGUGAGACCUGGGAAACCAACUGUCAUAUCUGUACCUGUAGCAACAUCACAAAUACAGAAGAAUGUACACCUAAAGAAAUUAAAUCACCUCCAGCCUGCAAAGACAAUGAAAUAUUGGUGACAUACAAUGCUACUGGCUGCUGCCAGAUGCAGUACUGUGUUGAGAAGACUUGUGAGUAUGGAGGAGUCAAAUAUAAGGUUGGAGAUGAAUGGAAAGAUUAUUCUAAACCAUGUAAUUCUUACGUCUGUCAAAAGUCCGGUAUUACUACGAAAACGAAAAUGUGCCCAGCACAAAACUGCCCUGAGGACCAACGAAUUUUGGAUAGUGACAAGUGCUGCUACAUGUGCAAUGAAACAUGUUAUCCAAAGAAGUCCACUGUGGAUGUAACUGUUGAUAACUGCAUCGGUCAGGUGGAAAUGACUUCAUGUGAAGGCCAUUGUGAAUCUCAGCCUCAGUUGGAAAGUGUUGGAGGUAUUUUCAGAAUGAAGCAAACAUGUCACUGUUGUCUUGAAACUAGCAUCCAAACAAGAAAUGCAACUCUGAAUUGUGAUCUUAAUACUCCUAAAUUGUAUAGCUACAAGUAUAUAACUGGUUGUAAGUGUUUAGCUUGUACUUAGAGUACAUCCACGUCAUAAUACAACUUCUGAAAUAAUGAUUUUCCAUAUGCUUCAACUUUAAAUUUACAAGUUUUCUAAAUGGGUUUCUAGUGGUUUAUUUUUCUAGAAUUGUAUAUUUCCUACUAUAACUUGAUUACAGUACAUUUAAUAUGCAAAUCUUAAAAAAUGGAAUAGGUAAAUUCACUGUAAUUUUCAGUCUGUCAAUACAUUUUAUCAACAGCUUUCACCUAUAUGUAAUUCAUACAAAAAGUUUGACUGUUCUUGUACUCUGGGAUAAUUGUAAUGAAUAAUUUGUUCAUUUAAAAGCUAAAGGUUCAUUAACUUGUUCAAAACACACUU